UGGCUUGAGGCAAGAGGCAGUUGCUCAAAGCGCCCCCUGGGCUGUGCCUCAGUCCCCCGUCGAGCCCGGCGCGCCAUGAGGGCGGCUGUCGUGGCCCUGGCGCUCUUGACCUGCGCCCUGCCCGCGGCUGGCGACAGGGCCGACGUGGACGGGAUCCUGCAGGAGCUGGCCGCCGUGCGCGAGCGCGCCGGGCAGCUGGAGGCCCUGGUGCGCGCGAGGCGCCUGCAGGACCCGAGGCGGGGCCCCCGGAGGCGGCGGUCGUGCUCGAGGAUGCCCCCGCGCGCCGCGCCGAGUACGAGGACCCCCGAGCCGUGCACUGGCUACCAGGAGCACAUGCCGUACGGGACGAUGUGCAUGGCGAGCGUCUUUUUCCACACGUCUCUCGACCUCGUGCUGGCCAACCCCGUCUCCUUCGGGCUCUGCCUGGCGCUCUACCUCUUCCUCGGCUGCGCGGGGAGCUGCUUCGAGUUCACGUGGCGGCACGGCCAGACCUGGGUGAACUUCAGCCGCGCCGUGGUCGUGGCCGGCUUCUACUACCUGCAGCCGUUGACUGACGACCCCACCGUGGCCAGCUACAUCGCCAUCGGUGUCUGUGUCGUCGUGGGCGAUUUUGUCAACUCGCUGGGGUCCGUCAGGGCCAAGCAGAAAGAGUGGACCGGGGCCAGACUGAGCCUCUUCGAGACCGGGAAGCAGGAGACGCCCAUGGGCACCAUGCUGGCAGUGUACAAGACUCCCGGCGAUUACGUCGUCGGGAACAGGUACAUGGAGCUCUCGUACCCGUUCUCGCGCGUGUGCCUGUACUUCUUUGUGCAGUCGUCUUUGUUUGCUCUGUACACUUUCCACAUGAUGGGCCUGAGGGAUCAGUUCAACGAUGCUCAGGACAGGAAGGAGAAUGUGGACAUGGCCUUCUGGUUCUUCUCCAUGUGCCUGUGCAACCUGGCCGGGGCGGACAACCUCGGCGGCCGAUACAAUGCCUUCUACUGGCAGGACAUCAGCGACGUGGCCGACCAAGAACUCUUCAGUGGAAAGAAGAGUCACCAUUGGUUUGGGUUCAUGCCCGUUAUCCAAUUUUUCAAGAACGAAUGGAGGUUGCGCAGAUUCAUGUCUUUCUUCGUCAACGGUAUCUGCCGGUCGUGCAUACUUGGGACGGCACCCAUACUCAUGUCUGUUGCCGACCCUCUUUCCGUCAUCAAAGACUCUAUGGCCGUUUUCUUCCUCACGACUAUUGACGACCUUCCUGACGCGAAGUCUUUAAUUGAAGAGCUCUUCGUUACCUACUCCACUGCCAACCCGGAGGACCCGAAGUCCAAGACGCUUCUGUCCCAGGUGACGGCGAACGCGGAGAAGGCGAAGAAGGAUGCCAGCCAGGCCGUUGAGAGUAAGAACGAUGCCAGCCCGACGCCAGCCUAAGGCCAGCCUCGCACGACCGCAGGGUUUACGUAUUCGCGGGGCGUGAGAAGGAGAUUAUUUUGGCAUAGCGAGAGUCCGACCACUGUGGACUGCUCGAUGAAGCCCAAGAGUUCUCAGAUCUCGACUGCGCAUCUCUCCACUCCAGCCUGGCUCUAGAGCGCGACGAGCGACCUCUAGACCGCGACUCGGCGGCUACUGAACGCCCAUCUCGAAUAAAUGCAAGGUACGUGAGCAUAGACUCUCGGAGAUGUGGGAGAAUGUGGGGGAUCUUCUUCUUUGUGCGUACUUGUUUGUGUGUCCCAGGGCCCCUUCAGCGUGGCCCUCCGGCGCCCGGCCCGUGCCGGUCGGGGCCAGGCCCGACUAAAGGCCAGGGCGCACGCUGGGCUCCCGCGUGCGCGCCUCCGGCGCGUGGCCUCCGGAGAGGCUCCGCACACGGGAGGCCGGCCCCCGUGCGUCUCCGUGGUCCCGGCGCCGCUCACUGUCGCUUGGCUCGCUGCCGACGCGGGGACGUAGGGCACGGCCACCGCGGUGGAUAUGUAUGAAUCCCCGCUUCGCAUCUCUUCUAAUUACUUCUAUCACACUUCUGUUUGCCUGCUGGUGCCCGUGCGCGGCGGCAGCCGCCUCGGAGCAGCAACCCCCCAGCAGCAUAGCGCAUUUUGUCGACGGGCCACGGGGUGCCGCGGUGGCGAUGGCGGCCACCCAAAGGACGCGACGCAACACAC